GCGCCGCGCUCCCUGCACUCGGGCCGGGCUCUGCUGGCUGUGGCUGGAGCGGGACCCGGGAGGCGGCGGCGGCGGCGUGAACAACAGUGAACCAUGGAGCUGUAUUUCGGUGAAUAUCAACAUGUGCAGCAGGAAUACGGUGUCCAUCUGAGACUCGCAAGUGAUGAAACCAAAAAAUCAAGGAAUUCCCAGCACGCUAAGGCAGGCUCCUAUGGUGUCAGUAUUCGGGUCCAGGGGAUUGAUGGCCACCCCUACAUAGUCCUCAAUAACACAGAGCGGUGUCUGGCAGGCACGUCUUUUUCUGAAAACGGGCCAUCAUUUCCGUCUCCAGUGACAAGUAACCUGCCUCUCCAUUCCAGCAAUGGAUCUGUGCUCGAGGAGAACAGUGCAGAAGAACUGCAGCUGCCCGAAAACCCAUAUGCCCCACCCGGCCCAGUAAGAAACCUGAAACAGCCCUCUCUCUUUGAUGGCAAGAAUGGAGUUCUAGAUCACAAAGGGGAAGCGAUGAAGCCAUCCCCCGUGCUGAACUUUCAGAGGCAUCCAGAGCUUUUACAGCCCUAUGAUCCUGAAAAGAAUGAGUUGAACUUAAAAAAUCACCAGCCUCCUGAGAGUAACUGGCUAAAAGCUUUCGCAGAAGAAGGGACCACCAAUAAGAAGGCUUGGACUUGCUCGUCCAAACCUAGCCAUUCCCAGCCGACCAGACCUCCCUCGGAAGACCCGGCCAGAUCCAGCGUGACGGCCAUUCGACUGUGCAGCUCCGUGGUCAUUGAUGACCCCAAGAAGCAGACCUCGGUGUGCGUGAAUGUUCAGAGCUGCAGCAAGGAGGGGCUGGCAGAGGAGGCCCUUGUCGCUAGCGGGAAGCCCCAACCCACCCACAGCGCGCACACCCACCCGGAAGCCAAGAAAACCAGGCCCGACGUGCUUCCGUUCCGGCGCCAGGACUCAGCCGGGCCCGUGCUGGACGGAGCCCGGUCCCGGAGAUCCUCCUCAUCGUCCACAACUCCCACUUCGGCCAACUCUUUGUACAGAUUUUUACUCGAUGACCAAGAAUGUGCCAUCCAUGCCGACAAUGUGAAUCGUCAUGAAAACAGAAGGUAUAUCCCCUUCUUGCCCGGAACUGGACGGGAUAUUGAUACGGGGUCGAUUCCUGGCGUGGAUCAGUUAAUUGAAAAAUUUGACCAAAAACCUGGGCUGCAGAGAAGAGGCAGGUCUGGGAAGCGAAACAGGAUCAACCCAGAAGACAGGAAAAGGUCCCGAAGCGUGGAUAGUGCAUUUCCUUUCGGUCUCCAAGGGAACUCGGAGUACCUGACCGAAUUCAGCAGGAACCUGGGCAAGUCCAGCGAACACCUGCUGCGGCCCUCACAGGUGUGCCCGCAGAGAGCACAGGCGCAGGAGCACCGGGGGAGGCAGGGCGGAGGGCGCGCCUUCGCCAGGCUGCAGGGAGCCCAGCCCAGGCCGCUUCUGCGGAACAAAGAUGGGAAAGUUCCAGAAAACAAAGGUGGUCAGGAAAGUCCGACUGGGCGCACAUCCUCCCUCCCAGCACAGACGAAGAAGGGGGAGGAAAUCAAAACAGCCACCGCUACGUUGAUGUUACAGAAUCGGGCGCUAGCAACUUCCCCGGACUCAGGUACCAAGAGGAUUUCUGUGAAGACAUUUACUUCCACCUCAAAUACUCAGGCCACACCGGAUCUGUUAAAAGGCCAGCAAGAACUCACUCAGCAAACCAAUGAGGAGACAGCCAAGCAGAUACUUUACAAUUACCUCAAAGAAGGAAGCACCGAUAAUGAUGAUGCUACUAAGAGGAAGGUCAACCUGGUCUUUGAGAAAAUCCAGACUUUGAAGUCUCGAGCAGCAGGGAGCACACAAGGAAAUAAUCAAGCUUCUAAUUCUUCAUCUGAAGUCAAAGAUCUCUUGGAACAGAAAAACAAGUUGACCACAGAAGUGGCUGAACUUCAGAGACAGCUUCAAGUAGAAGUCAAGAAUCAGCAGAACAUCAAAGAAGAGAGAGACAGAGUGAAAGCAAACUUAGAAGCACUCCAAAGUCAACAUGAAAGCAAGGUAGAAGAGAAUGCCGAGCUGCAGCGGCGGCUGGAGGGAAGUGAAGGGGAGCUCCGGAGACAACUGGAGGAGCUGUUCCAGGUGAAGAUGGAACGAGAACAGCACCAGACUGAGAUCAGGGAUCUCCAGGACCAGCUCUCAGAAAUGCAUGAUGAAUUGGACAGUGCUAAACAAUCCGAGGACAGGGAGAAGGGGGCUCUGAUUGAGGAGCUUCUGCAGGCAAAGCAGGACCUCCAACAUCUGCUCAUCGCCAAAGAGGAGCAGGAAGACCUCUUGAGAAAGCGGGAGCGCGAACUCACCGCCCUGAAGGGAGCCCUGAAGGAAGAGGUUUCCAGUCACGACCAGGAGAUGGACAAGCUGAAGGAGCAGUACGACGGGGAGCUGCGGGCCCUGCGGGAGAGCGUGGAGGGGGCCGCCAAGAACCUCGAGGUCCUGGCCAGUCGGAGCAGCACCGCAGAGCAAACCCAGGUCGGGGCUGAGAUGCACGCUAAGGCUCUGCAGGAAGAGAACGAGAAGCUGCGGGGAAGCAUCCAAGAGCUGGAGCGCGCUGUCGCUCGGCUUCAGAGGCAGAUUGCUGACCUGCAAGGUGACGAGGCCAAAGCGAAGGAAAUGCUCAAGAAGUACCAGGGAGAAACUCGGCAAUUAGAGGAGGCCCUUGUGCAUGCAAGAAAGGAAGAAAAAGAAGCAGCAUCGGCCAGAAGGGCCCUGGAGAGUGAGCUGGAAGAUGCUCAGAGAAAUCUGAGUCAGGCCACCCAGGAGCACAAGCAGUUGUCUGAGAAGCUAAAAGACGAGACCGAUCAGAAGGAACAGUUAAGGAGACUGAAGAAUGAGAUGGAGGAUGAGCGCUGGCACCUUGACAAGACCAUUGAGAAACUGCAGAAGGAGAUGGCUGACAUUGUUGAGGUGUCCCGCACAUCAACGCUGGAGCUCCAGAACCAGCUGGAUGAAUACAAGGAGAAAAAUCGCAGGGAACUUGCAGAAAUGCAAAGACAGUUGAAGGAGAAAACUCUAGAGGCAGAGAAGUCCCGUCUGACUGCCAUGAAAAUGCAGGAUGAGACGCGUUUGUUGGAGGAAGAGUUAAGGGACUACCAGAGAGCUCAGGAGGAAGCGCUCACGAAAAGGCAGCUUCUGGAGCAGACGCUCAAGGACCUGGAGUACGAACUGGAGGCCAAGAGUCACCUCAAGGAUGACCGAAGCAGACUCAUCAAGCAGUUGGAGGACAAGGUGUCUCAACUGGAGAUGGAGCUGGAAGAAGAAAGAAACAACUCGGAUUUGCUGUCUGAGAGGAUCACUCAGAGCAGGGAACAGAUGGAGCAGAUGCGGAACGAGCUACUUCAGGAGCGAGCCGUGAAGCAAGACUUAGAGUGUGACAAGAUUUCCCUGGAGAGACAGAACAAGGACUUAAAGAGCCGGAUUAUCCACCUGGAAGGUUCCUACAGGUCCAGCAAAGAGGGGCUGGUGGUGCAGAUGGAGGCCAGGAUCUCAGAGCUGGAGGACCGUCUGGAGAGCGAGGAGAGGGACCGGGCCAGCCUCCAGGUCAGCAACCGCCGGCUGGAGCGGAAGGUGAAAGAGCUAGUGAUGCAGGUGGACGAUGAGCACCUGUCGCUGACAGACCAGAAGGACCAGCUGAGCUUGCGCUUGAAAGCAAUGAAGCGACAGGUGGAGGAGGCUGAGGAGGAAAUAGACAGACUGGAAAGUUCUAAGAAGAAGCUGCAGAGGGAGCUGGAGGAACAGAUGGACGUGAACGAGCAGCUGCGGGGGCAGCUGAACUCCAUGAAGAAGGACUUCAGACUUAAGAAGCUGCCAAGCAAAGUGCUGGAUGACGUGGACGGCGACGACGACGACGACCUCAGCACGGAUGGGGGUAGCCUCUAUGAGGCGCCGCUGGGCUACACCUUCCCCAAGGACAGCACCGCCGCCAGCCAGAUCUGAGCCCACUUCCAGGGGCCUGCAGCCGCCCGCAGCGAGAGGCGAGGAAGGGAGCACCAUCACCUCCUCUUCGCGGACCAGAUAAUUCCUCCCUGUGACGUCAUGUCCUCCUAGGAUCUCUAUGGCAGCACAGCUUUGGUAGCUUAGACGGCAGCUAUUGCAGGGUAUGCGUUGAGAUGCCUGCAGCCACUUGGCAGGAUGGAGCCCCCGUUCUGCACAGCUGUCUGCAGCACC